GAGUCGUGCGCUGUAACGUUCGGAUAUACGGUCAAAAACGCGAGCAAAACAAAAAGAGACAUUUUUAUUUGUGUUUUUCUGUUGGGGGUUUCUUCUCUUGUGUGUUUCUGCGGAAUGACGGAAGUGUUGGUCACAGAAAGGAAGCAAGAAAUUAAAAGUGGAACAAAACAUAAAAAUACAUUAAAUAGAACGGCGACUAUAAUGCCAGAUGAUUAAUAUAAUUAUCAUCAAUACGAUCACGAUAAGUGCUUACUGUGGACGUGUAUCUAUGUGUGUAUGUUUGUAUGCGUACGUGUAUGCGUUUCUGUUCAUACGCGAAAACACAAAAAUCUCUUAUAACUGAUACUGAUAAGCAUAUAUAUUGAAUAAAGUUAAGGUUUAUUAAACAGGUUUGUAAAAUGUGCGCUGGCAUCAUAAAUGAUCAAUAAAUGAGUUAAUUUUUUGAAAAUUUAAUUGCUUUUGCAAAAUUGCCGAGCAAGUCCUCUAAGACCGUUAGGCCGGUCUGAACGGGAGGCAAUCGAAGUUGGUUUAAUUUGAAGUCGUUUGCUGUCGUGCGGGUGUUCGGUGAAAGCGACAAAGUGAAUUUAUUUCAGCAUACCAUGUCCUCUAUAUCGGCGCAAGGCGUGGUCGAACGUGCCUCCGCUGAACUUUCAAAGCGUAUAAACGGCCUCGGCUUGCGUUCGAAACAUCAUCAUGGCAGUAGCAGUAGCAAUAACAGUGGAGGCACCUCGUCGACAACUUCUUCGUCGUCGUCAUCGUCAUCGUCUAGUAACUCUUCAAGUUCGUCAUCUUCGUCCUCGUCCUCAUCAUCUUCGGGCUCCAGCGGUAAAACGUCGGUAAUGGAACGCGUUACAAAUGCCCUUUGCGGUGGUAAUUCCCAUUCGAAUUCAAAUACUGUCCAUGCGGCAAACGCAGCAAAUUCCAAUUUGAAUAACACAAAUAGCAUAAGCAGCACAACUCCUGAUAAACCUUCGCGAGCCGGUACAAUGAGCAGCAGCAGCAACAACAGUAGCGGUCAGACUCAAUCCUCUAAUCCGAUAGUGAACUUAACGUCUAUAUCGGGCAAUAAUUCAGCCACAACAACAACCUUACCGCAUCAUUCAGGUGUUAAUGUCAGCAACUAUCAAAUGUUACAAAAACAACAGCAACAACAACAACAACAAAAAAAAAAAAAAAAAAAAAAAAAACAGCAGCAGCAGCACCAACAGCAACAACAGUAUUUGACUUCACAGAUCGCCAAUUCCACCUUAAUAAAUUCAAAUCUCAUGACGGCCUCCGCACCACCUACAGCACCAGGCAUUCCAUUGGGCGCUCCACCUGCGCCUACAGUAAAUUCAAUUGCAAAACAAAUGAAUAUAACCAUACCAGGCUCGCCACAAUUCAAUACGAUGGGUAUGGCGGCCGCCCAAAAAUCCCAAUCGAGCACACCACUGCAAAUGCGCAAACAGCUGCCCAAUCCUCAUUUACAUCACGGCUAUGCUUCUUCGGCAUCGGCAGCGGCAGCCUCCCAAUUAGCGGCAGCUGUCACUCAAUCCGCAUUAAUAGUACCGAAAUUGCCGCCACCAAUUGGUAGCAUUGAAAAUCUCAUGAUGGACGAUCGUUUCCUUAACAAAUUCUUUUCAUAUUUUACCUCCUAUGAACGUCGUGUCCUUGCACAAGUUUGCUGUAAAUGGCGUGAUGUUCUCUAUCGCAGUCCUCGCUAUUGGUCAGGUCUACUGCCUACGCUACAGUGCCGCGAACUGAGACAGAUGAGCAAUUCGGACAGAGUUAAAUUAUAUAAUACGUUAAUAAGACGCGGAUUUCAUGCUUUGGCGUUGGUUGGCGCGUCCGACGAAGAUGCUUUGGAUGUUGUGCAUUCAUUUUCGUUAGCCUCAAAGCAUAUACAUUCGUUAAGUUUGCGAUGUUCAUCGAUUAGUGAUCGCGGUUUAGAAGCUUUAUUGGACCAUUUACAGAGUCUUUUUGAACUGGAAUUGGCUGGUUGUAAUGAGGUUACUGAGGCUGGCUUGUGGGCAUGUCUGACACCUCGCAUUGUCUCGUUAUCUUUGGCCGAUUGUAUAAAUAUUGCCGAUGAGGCUGUCGGUGCAGUGGCACAGCUUUUACCAUCGUUAUAUGAAUUUUCAUUACAAGCUUAUCAUGUUACUGAUGCUGCUUUAGGUUACUUUUCACCAAAACAAAGUCAUAGCUUAAGUAUAUUACGCUUACAAUCAUGUUGGGAAUUAACCAAUCAUGGUAUUGUUAAUAUUGUUCACUCUUUACCUCACUUAACGGUAUUGAGUUUAUCUGGUUGCAGUAAAUUAACCGAUGAUGGCGUUGAAUUAAUAGCAGAAAAUUUGCAAAAGCUUCGGGCUUUAGAUUUGUCCUGGUGUCCACGCAUAACCGACGCCUCAUUAGAAUAUAUUGCCUGUGAUCUAAAUCAAUUGGAGGAAUUAACAUUGGAUAGAUGCGUACACAUAACCGAUAUAGGCGUGGGCUACAUUUCAACGAUGCUUUCGUUGACUGCUCUCUUUCUGCGCUGGUGCUCGCAAGUGCGUGACUUUGGUCUACAACAUUUAUGCUCUAUGCGUAAUCUGCAAGUGCUCUCGCUCGCCGGCUGCCCUCUCUUAACCUCAUCCGGUUUAUCGAGUCUCAUACAAUUGCGCCAUUUGCAAGAGCUAGAAUUAACUAAUUGUCCGGGCGCAUCUCAAGAACUAUUUGAAUAUUUAAAAGAGCACUUGCCACGUUGUCUGAUAAUUGAAUAAUAUCUUAAACUUAUGGUAAAACCAAGCUUAAUGAAUAGAAUACAACUCCCUAUUCUUCAUGUGCUUCGUCUAAUUCGUUUUCGCCGUCGUCGUCUCCUUCUUCUUCUUCUUCUUCUUCUUCUUCUGUAUCAUUAUCAUCAUUAUCAUCAUUAUCAUCGUCAUCAUCUAUUAUUUUUGAAUUUUAGUUCCUAACUGUGUCUGUUAUCUACUUGUAUGUAUAUAUGUUUAUGUAUGUUUACAUGAAUGUAUAGAAUUUCAGUUUUUCUUUUUCUGUGAUUUUAGUU